UUCACUUGAGAGAAAAAUCUCAGAGCAACAGAAAAAAAGAACGUCUUCAUUAUCCAGCAUUAAAAUGUAUAGGCCGCCCCGGGUGCCAUCAACCUCAAGAUUCCUAAAUCCAUAUGUAGUGUUCUUCAUUGUUGUCGCAGGAGUGUUAAUCCUGGCAGCUACAACAGCUCUACUGAUCCACUUUUUAGCUUUUGAUAAAAAAUUUUACUUUUACUAUAGCAGCUUUCAAAUUCCAAACGAGAAGUAUAGUGAUCAGUUAAAUUCACAAGCUACCCAGGCUUAUAGGAUUUUGAGUGGAAGAGUUGAAUCUGUGAUUACUACAACAUUCAAAGAAUCAAGUUUAAGAAAUCAGUUCAUCAGAGCUCGUGUUGUCAAGCUGAGACGAAACGGCGAUGCUGUGAUAGCAGAUACUGUUAUGAAAUUUAAAUUCUCCAGAAAUAACAAUGCAGCAUCAAUGAAAAGCAGAAUUGAGUCUGUUUUACAUCAUAUACCGAAUAAAUUUGGAAACAUGGAAAUAAACCCUUCAGAUGAGAUAAUAGAAAUUACUAACCAGGAUACAGAAAUUAUGCUCACUCAAGAAUGUGGGGCCCAUCCGAACCUAAUAACAUUGUCUGAAGAGAGAGUCAUGGGAGGCACCAGGGCUGAGGAAGGAGACUGGCCAUGGCAAGUCAGCCUACAGUUGAAUAACAUUCACCACUGUGGGGGUGUCCUGAUCAGUAACACGUGGAUCCUGACAGCAGCUCACUGCUUCAGAAGCCACCCUCAUCCUCGAGAAUGGACUGCCACCUUUGGUAUUUCCUUAGCAUUUCCUGUACAGAGAAAAAGAAUACAGACUAUUUUGAUGCAUAACAAUUACAACUUUGUAACUCAUGAAAAUGAUAUUGCAGCUGUGAAACUUAACAGCAAUGUCACCUGGACCAAAAAUAUCCAUAAGGUGUGUCUCCCAGAGGCUACCCAACAUGUAGUACCUGGUUCCGUUGCUUAUGUAACAGGAUGGGGAUCUCAAGUAUAUGGUGGCAACACAGUUAGAGAUCUACAGCAAGGACGGGUCUACAUAAUAAGCAAUAAUGUAUGUAAUGCACCAGCUGGUUAUAACGGGUUAGUCUCGUCUGGAAUGCUAUGUGCUGGAGUACCUCAAGGGGGAGUGGAUGCAUGCCAGGGUGACUCUGGUGGCCCACUGGUACAACAGGACACACGGCGGCUCUGGUUCCUCGUGGGGAUAGUAAGCUGGGGGGAUAAAUGUGGUCUGUCAGAUAAGCCAGGAGUGUACACUCGAGUGACAGCCUACCGUGACUGGAUAACCGAACAAACUGGGAUCUAGGGUGAUAAAGGCCUCUCUGCUGCGAAGUCUGCAUGCAGGUGUGCCCGUCUAAAACGCUAACACUCUCCUUUCCAACUGCAAAAUAAACUGGAAGUGCCGUAUUUAACAUCCUUUACAUAAAUAUGGUUUCACCAACAAUUUAAUCUUUCCUUAUUACUAUGGAUUUUAUAUUUUCCUCAAGAAAACCAUAUAAACAUUGAAUAGUACUGUGUCUGAGUGACAGGAAAGACAGAAAACUAGUGACAAGUAAGAACUGUAUUACACUUGUGGUAAGUGCUGGUAAUGAGGAAAACAGGUAUCAAGAGGAGGUUCUGGAGGCCUGGACAUGUCUGCAUCGUCAGAGGGCUCUUCUGUGAGGCAGGCUCACUGAAGCUGAUGAGUAAGCAAAGUACCAAAAUGUGCAAAAAAAAGAAGAGUGGAAUAACAGUCAAGACAGAAAGAACAACAUGAGGCCAGAAAAAUACUAUUUAUUUGAAAUUUCUGCUUAGUCAAUAUUGUCAUUGUACACAUACAGUCCUACAGAAAUCUUAAAUUAUCCUGUAAGAACAUGCUCUCAUAGGAACUAACUGAUGAAAUUUAGGCAUUUAAGAUCAAAACUAAAAUAUUCACUCCUCAACUAAGACCCCAAAAAAUUAUAAUUUUCAUGACAACUUUUAUUAAAUAUAUUCUUCAUCUGCAUGAAGGAGAGAAUUUAUUCCAUAAUUGGGUAACUUACAACCACACAGUGCUUUUUUACAACUAAAUAAGAGUAAUUUUAAGAACUUAAGAACACCAGUGGCAGUUAUUUUUGAGAGUUUAAGUAUCCUCAAUACCUAAACCCAAAUAAUGAAUUGAACUUUAUAUAUGAACACAUAUAUGAACUUCAUAACCAAUGGACA